AUGAUAGGCAUCCCUGGGAAUCUAGCCAUCCUCUAUGCCUUCAUUUGUGCCGUCUGCCAGCAGAACCUCACCCCCAGCGAGAUCAUUUUGGGCAAGCUUGCACUUGCCAACCUUCUGGUCAUCUUAACUCGGGGAGUCCCACUCACCCUCCGAACCCUUGGAGUCCACACUAUGUACGACAGCUUGAGCUGUGGCAUCACCCUCUAUAUUUACUGUGUGAGCAGGGCCAUGAGCAUCUUCUUAACAUCCAUGUUGGGCUGCUUCCAGUGUCUUGUCAUUGUCCCGUGCCCUCCCAGGUGCUUGCGACUAGGGCGCACCUUCCUAGAAAGACUCCCCUCUGUCAUGAUCUCGCUAUGGUGUUUCAAUCUUUUGGUCUGCUGCACCCGUUUGCUUUAUUCCAUGCCACGCACUGAUACCAACUGUACCAAGGAAGAGAUAACGGUCAUAUAUGAUUUUUGUUGUGUAGUAUUUCCUAGCCAUUUCUUGUACUUUGGAAAUGGAGUGAUAUUUGUCACUCGAGACAUGUUCUUUCUCGGCAUCAUGACUGUCUCUAGUGGUUACCUUCUCCUUGUAUUUCAGAAACAUGGGGAAAUGGUGAAAUGUUUGCCUAUGCUACAAAUAAAACAGACAGAGCUCCACGCAGCAAAAUCAGUAGUGGGCUUGCUAGUCAUGUACCUUCUCAGCUUCGGGCUGGACAGCAUUUUCUGGAUGGUCAACCUUUGUGUGUCUCCUGUCUCAUUACAGUUUGCAGAUGCACGCAUGUUUUUUGACUCCUGUUACUCAGCUAUAAGUCCGGUGCUGAUUAUCCUCACAAACAAAAAGAUUCAAGCUAGAUUAAAAUGUGCCAUUGGGAACUUUGUCUUGCUGACUAGAAACCACACAUCCAAGAAUAUCCAGGGACAAACAAACGGGAAGAUUUGUAACUCUUAA